UAGGGGAGCUAAGCCAGGUCUGUCCUCGGCUCAUGAACUACAAUUCCCAGCAUGCGGCACGUGAAGCCGCCGGCACUUCCUGUUUCCGGUGAUGGUGCUCAGCCUCUCCUGGAGUUAAGAAUUGGGUUUCUGAGGCUCAGUUCCUCUCAGUGACACAGUUACAAUGUCUUUAUCAGAGUGGUAUAUUGCAGUGAAGCUGGCAGAUCAGCCAUUGGCCCCCAAAUCCAUCCUGCGGCUACCAGAGACCGAGUUGGGAGAGUGUCCUUUGGGUGGGUGCAGCAUCUCCUACCUGAAGCAUCUUAUCACUGGAAAGCUGCAGGAGUCAGUCCCAGACCCGGAACUCAUUGAUCUGAUCUACUGUGGCCGCAAGCUGAAGGAUGACCAAACACUUGACUUUUAUGGCAUCCAGUCAGGCUCAACUGUUCAUGUCCUGCGGAAGUCGUGGCCCGAGCCGGAUCAGAAACCAGAGCCUGUGGAUAAAGUAGCUGCACUGCGAGAGUUCCGGGUCCUGCAUACCGCCCUGCAUAGCAGUCCUGCAUACAGAGAUGCAGUCUUCAAGAUGCUGGCGAACAAGGAAUCACUGGAUCAGAUCAUUGUAGCUACCCCUGGUCUCAGCAGCGACCCUGUUGCUCUGGGUGUCUUGCAGGACAAAGAUCUUUUCUCUGUCUUCGCUGACCCAAACAUGCUGGACACGCUAAUCCCAGCUCACCCUGCUCUGGUGAACGCCAUCAUCCUGGUUCUGCACUCAGUGGCGGGCAGCACACCCCUCCCAACUCCGGAAACCUCCUCACGCAGCAUGCCCUCCAGCUCCUACAGGGACAUGCCUGGUGGCUUUUUGUUUGAAGGUCUCUCUGACGACGAAGAUGAUUUUCAUCAGAGCACAAGGUCCACGCCUUCCAGCAGCACUUCUGGGUCCCGCCCAGCAUCGCUCGGCUACACUGGAGCUGCCGGACCCCGGCCAAUCACACAGAGUGAACUGGCAACUGCGCUGGCGCUGGCCAGCACUCCUGAGAGCAGUUCACACACUCCUACCCCAGGCACCCAGGGUCACUCAUCGGGCACUUCUCCGAUGUCCUCUAGUGUCCAGUCAGGAACUCCCAUCACCAACGACCUCUUCAGCCAGGCCCUGCAGCAUGCCCUGCAGGCAUCUGGGCAGCCUACCAUGCAGAGCCAGUGGCAGCCACAGUUGCAGCAGCUGCGGGACAUGGGCAUACAUGAUGAUGACCUGAGCCUCCGGGCCCUCCAGGCCACCGGAGGGGACAUUCAGGCUGCCCUGGAGCUGAUAUUUGCAGGCGGGGCGCCCUAACCCCCUGUGAGCGAGGGCGGAGUGGCAUGUUUCAGAGAUGCUGCUAGGGAUAUGCUCUUCCUCCUCGUUUUCUGCUCUUAACUUGGUGCUUGUGUCAUUAUAGUGGCUGCCAUAUUCCACCUCACCAAAACAUGCAAGGGCAGAGAGAGAGAUGCCACAGCUGCUGAGCACCCUGCAUUUCCGGCCAUUUCUGGAAACGGGGGCAUUUGUCUUAAGUGAAUACGAGCUUUUGGCCUCAUCAGCAGGAGGACUGUACAGGCAUCUGUAUUAAGGAGAGACUCAGUACCCUACAGCCUGAGAUUCCCUCUUCAGCUGAGACCUGCCCCCACCAGCUGUGGGGAACCAGUUUGGAAUUUGAAGAACAGGAGUACUUGUGGCAUCUUAGAGACUAACAAAUUUAUGUGAGCAUAAGCUUUCGUGGACUAAUGCCCACUUCAUCAAUCAUAUUCACAAAAAUGUGAUUGGAUUAUUCCCAGCAAAGGUGCAGUAGCACACAGUGACCACAGUGUGGCAGUAAAGGCACAUCACAUCGGAGGUGCACUUCAGACAAGCCAGUAAUCAGAGAACUUCAAAGCCUUUGACCAUGGUCCUUCUUGGAGGAAAAUAUCCCUGUUCACAUAGGAGAGAGUCCGAAAAGCCCAGGCCAGUGUUUUCAGGAGUGGCCUCUGGUUUUGGUUGCCCAACGGGAGGACAGUUUGGAGCUGAUUUUCAUUGUCAAUUCAUUGAAGUUCAUAGCCAGUGAAGUCAAUGGCCAUGUGUUAAAAGAGGCUGAACAGUGUAUUUUUAGAUAUAUUGCUGCCUACAUUUCCUCCCAUGUUGAGGUUUGGCACAUGAUCUCAAAUGGGCUGAGUUACUUGCUAGUCAAAUGUUCGUAGGCUGGCUUGCUCAUAGGGUUUUUGAAACGUGUUCAUUUGAUCAUACAGUUUCAGUUUUUGCCAGCAGCUCUUCCGUUAACUCUAUGGUAUGGGGCUACCUCAGGGGCUCUCGCUGUAAGCAUGUUUCACUAGGGACUUCCCAUUUUUGGCAUCAAAGUGAAUCUGCCUGGUUAAGUUUCUGAUGCCCCCAUCAACAUCACUCUGUGGGAGGGCAGGGAGAGCGAAGUGGCCCUCAGGUGUGUUAUCAGUUGGUAGCAGCUGUUUCCACUGUGGUCUCCAAAGCUGCCCUGGCACCCUUGUUAUCUCUGGAUAUCCUUUCCUUCCCCAUUGCAUACUGGGGCUGCCUGCCACUGAUCUUGUCUUUCUUGGAAGAGCAGGUCUGAGUGCCUGUUCUUGGGCAGCUGCCCUGGAUCACGGCCCAGCCGAUUUCCUGGUUGCCAGACCCACUCUGCAAUGUUGUCUGGCUGUUAUCCACCCUCCCCACCACAUUUCACCUUGCUGGUUAGGAACAUCCCACGGCAUGGCUGGCCUCCCCGGCCAAGGCCACGGCAUCUGGUGACAAGAAGAGGAUUUGGAGAAGGUGACAUUGCAAACGGAGCAGAAUGGAGAUGUGAACAUCCUUGCUUCGUUAGGCUGCAAAUGGGAGGAUACUGAAGCUGGAGGAAGCUAAUUAGAUGAAGGAUUGCCUGUGAGGGAACAGGUGGGGCUUCUGCAAAGCCAGAAGGCUGGCAAGCAGCAGGGAGGAAGCCUGCAGUCGUCCUUCUGGGGUAAGGGAGAAGAAGCCUGGUAGGAAGGUGUCUGGGACAGGGUGAGAGCAGUAAGGUGAUGGCGAUGCCAACCCUAACUAUUCACUAGAGGGCCCUGGAGUGGAACCCAGAGUACAGGGCAGGUCUGGGUUCCAGCUCCAACCAUUGCAGUGUGGUAUUGUUUGGGGGCCAUGAACAGGAAGACUGCCUGGGCCCUGUUGGAGUGCAGGGCUGGCUCCAGCUUUUUUGCUGCCCCAAGUGGCGAAGAAGAAAAGAAAAGCCCGAUUGAGCGGAGCGAUUGAGCUGCUGCCAAAGUGCUACCGAAGAGGAAGCAAGGCACUGAAGGACCCGCCGCCAAAUUGCUGCCGCGGACCUGGACAUUCUGCCCCUUUCUGUUGGCCGCCCCAGGCACCUGCUUCCUUCGCUGGUGCCUGGAGCUGGCCCUGUUGGAGUGCCAGGGUCAGGGGCCAUGAGGACUGCCUGAUGCCACGUGGACAGAAGAGGCUUUGAAAGCCUACCCCCGAAGGGGAACCACUUAGUGAUCUGGCUGGAAGGCUACGUCACAGAGGAGCUGCAGUGGCUACUGGAGCGAGACAGGGCUGCAAACAGAGAGAGAGGCAAAGGGACAGGAGGCAACUGCAGGAAGAGGCAUCGACUUUGCAAGCUAUUUCCCAAAGCAUCCAAGUGGAGAUGCCAUCCCAGUGCUGAGUAGAGCACCCCUCACCCAUCACACCCCAUGCUCUGGGUGUCCCUAAACCUCUUACUGCUAGAAACAGUGACUGGAUGAUGGGAUGGAUUACUCGAUAAAUUGCCUGGUCUGUUCAAUCCCUCUGAAGCACUUGGCACCGGCCACUGUCAGAAGAUCAGAUGCUGGGCUACAUGGAACGUCAGUCUGAUUUAGAGUGGCCACUCCUGUGUUCUCCUGAUAGUCACAAGAAAAAGUCAUGUUUCCGGCAGCAUGCAGAAACCACCUUGCUUCUGCUUUUUGUGGCUUAUUGGAGUGAAUCUGAAAUCCAGCAUUUCAGUCCCCUAAGAUUUCUGAUGUAAAACUCCUAUUAGCAAGAGACUGAGAUUUUUCCCCCCAUGGUCUCCUGAGAGAGCCCUGGUUCCUCGUCUUCUACUGCAGCCUGCCAUAGAAGGGGUUUGGUUUUACUGCUGAGACACUGGAGCCAUUUGGACUCAGCGUCCCCGUUGUCCCCGCCCCUGCUCCACAUUUCCCUACUGGCACCGGGACUUGUGUGCAAAUACUUGGAUCACUUUAUCAUGACAUGUCUUGAGCACUAGUCAGGACUCCUGCUCCCUUCUGCCUGCAGUGGGAUUGGUUGGGUCAGCUGGCAAAGGCAGAUAUGGGCCAGCAGCAGUGGUCUCUCACAGAGAGUUCUCCAUGCAGGUGUCCUGCCAGGAGUCGGGGGAAGCAAAGGGAUUUAGCUGAGCCUCUGUCUAUGCCACGUAGACUGUGAUGGUGGUUCCCAGCCCUAGUUUCUUGAUCUUGGCCAGGUCCUACAGCAGGGGUCAUCAAUUUUUUUUUUCAAGGUCCAAAUUUCUUGGUCAAGGUCCGUACUUCAGAGAACAUAAUAAAACAACAAUAAUAAUGAUAAUAAGCAAAUAAAGAUCUGGGGGCCCAUUCAAAA